AUGACCACCUUUCCUACUCAAAAGAUCCAUCCAUGCCUGUGGUUCGACAAGGAAGGCCUCGAAGCCGCUAGGCUGUAUACCUCUAUCUUCGCCAACAACCCUUUCACCAGCAAAAAGGAUUCAUACAUCAUAAAUGAAGCUGCCAUCACCAACGAGUCGGCGGUGCUGGUAUCCUUCAAACUGAACGGACAGGAGUUCUCGGCUCUCAAUGGCGGACCGCAUUAUAAACAUACCCCUGCCAUCUCCAUGUUCGUGACCUGCGAGGACCAGGCGGAAGUGAAUUAUUUCUGGGACGAGCUGUUGAAGGAUGGCGGGAAGCCGGUGCAGUGCGGAUGGUUGACGGAUAAGUUUGGCGUGUCCUGGCAGAUCGUUCCCAGAGCGCUUAUGGUGAUGUCUGCGGACGAGGAUAAGGAGAAGGUGAAGAGGGUGCAGAAGGCGAUGAUGGAGUGUGUUAGGAUGGACGUGAAAAAGUUGGAGGAUGCGUAUAAUGGGGUUGAGUAG